GAGUGAUCAUCUUCAGUACUAGAGUCCUAAAUGCCUGCAGAGUUCACUGAAUGAACAAACACCUCACAGAAGACACACCGUCUGCAAACUGGACCUGAGUCUGGAGAACCACCAUCUGAGUGACAGUUACUCUCCGUGAGCGAUUCUGGACAUUUGUGCCGGGAGGCUCUUCCAUCAGCCGCUGAACAACAAGGUCUCAGUGUGAAUGCAAAGAUGAGUUUAAAUCCUGUUUUGGGGUCUUUCUUCUGCCUCAUCGCAUGGAUAAGCCUGGCACAUGCAAUCCAGGGACACACGUCCAACUGCUGUCUUCGCCUGUCCAAAACCAGAGUCCCAGUUGAAAACAUAAGGAAUUACACAAUUCAGUCUUCAGGCCUCUGUUCCAUCGGUGCUGUUGUGUUUCUAACCAAGAAAGGGAAGACGAUCUGCUCUGAUCCUGGCAGCCUGUGGACCAAGAAAGCCAUGCUGAAGGUGGAUGAGGAGAUGAGAAGUCUAGAGGAGGCGAGGAGAAGUCAACAGGUGGUGACCAGUGACAUCACACCAGCACCUCUGACAGAGGCAGAGGUUGGGCUCAGCUCUGACCCUAGGGAGGAGCGUGUCACGAAAGCCACACUGAGGGGGGAGGAAGUGACACAAAGACCACAGGAGGAAAGACAAAGUGAACAGAUGACGACAAGUGACAUCACACCGGCAGCUCGGACAGAGGCAGAGGGUGGGCUCAGCUCUGACCCUAGGGAGGAGCGUGUCACGAAAGCCACACUGAGGGGGGAGGAAGUGACACAAAGACCACAGGAGGAAAGACAAAGUGAACAGAUGACGACCAGUGACAUCACACCGGCAGCUCGGACAGAGGCAGAGGUUGCGAGGGGGGUCACCUCUGACCCUAAGAAGGAGCACUCCACAAAAGCCGUGCUGAAAGUGGAGGAAGUGACCAAGAGUCCACAAGAGGUGAGGCAGAGUGAACAGGUGACGACUGGUGACGUCACACCAGCAGCUGUGAAAAAUGACAAGGUUGGGAAGAGAACACGCUCUGACCCUAAGAAGGAGCGCUCCACGAAAGCCGUGCUGAAAGUGGAGGAAGUGACCAAGAGUCAACAAGAGGCGAGGCAGAGUGAACAGGUGACGACUGGUGACGUCACACCAGCAGCUCGGACAGAGGCAGAGGUUGUGAGGGGGGUCACCUCUGACCCUAAGAAGGAGUUUUCCACGAAAGCCAUGGUGAAAGUGGAGGAAGUGACCAAGAGUCCACAAGAGGUGAGGCAGAGUGAACAGGUGACGACUGGUGACGUCAUGCCAACAGCUGUGAAAAUGGUAAGAAGAAAACGACCAUGGAGGAAAGCACGUAGAGUCAAGAGAAGACAGAAGUGCAAGAAUGUCAGGAAGCAGCAGAUGAGCAGGUUUUAGGAACCAGAACACAAGAAACUUCCCUCCUUAUGUCACCAUGAAGAAGCUGAAAUAUAAUAUAUAUUUUUAAGAUAACUAUGAAAUAUAAGUAUAAAUAUAAUGUAUGGGCUGGUGGUGUAUAGAUUUGUGUGUCCCCAUGUGUUUAUGUAGACCUCCCAAUAAAGAUGCCUCCAAUGCUA